AUAUCUUUCAAGGAAGCUUAUCUAUUGGGGAAAGAUAUGGCAUGAAAGAGGAAGAUACUAGGCAAGCAUUACAGUACUUUCAUGAUGUCAGUCUCAUGUUAUAUUAUCCAGAGGUUACAGAUGUAGUUUUUGUUGAUCCUAAGCCUAUUCUUAAUAUUCUUUCAGAGUUAUUAGCUCUCACAUAUGUCAAUGAUAGUAGUGCACUAAAUUCUAUUUUACUUGACUGUCACCGCCUUUCUCCGAAUGUUAUAAAUCAUCUAAAAGACGGUUUUUUCAAGGAAUAUAUUUUUAAUCACUUAAAAUCCAACGGCGAAAUUUUUAGCGCACCUGAAUUUCAACUCUGUGACUUAAUUUCUCUUUUGCUGUAUCUUAACAUCAUCAUGAAAGUGGAAGAUAAUACAAAGGGUACCUAUUUUAUUCCUUAUACUCUUUCUUCAUAUCAAGGCUCAGCUAUCCCUACAGUAAAAGUAUCAAAUGUUCAACCACUGCUUAUAGUUUGGAGGGACUAUGAGAGCUGUGAGAGUCCACCACCACCAGUACCAGUCCCUCAAGGUCUUUUUCCAUUAGCAAUAAUGCACCUCCUUAAUCAAAAAAAGUUUAAGCUUCCUUCCUCUAGAUCAAACUAUUAUUUUAGAUUUCGAGAUGCUAUGUCAAUCAAGAUUACCUUCAAUCAGAUACCUCACACACUUCACCUCAUCAAUCGUUAUACUCAUAUUGAGGUGUCUUUCAAUGGCCCUCAAGAACAUUGCCCAAUAAUUCGUAACCUAAUCAUGAAAGCUAUUGGUAAAGUUACCGACAAAUUACAUAUGAAGCAUAAUUAUAUAAAUGCAUUUGCAUGCAUCAAAGAUCAGGAGAAGAAGUGUUAUUGCAUCAUUGUUAAUGAAGAACAGUUUAUAGUCAAUUGUACAGAAUGUCUUGAGUCAUAUCCUAUUACAGAAGAUAAAUGCAAGUGCUGGUUUGAGUGUGUUACAACUGAAAUAAAUGAUCCACUUACUACAAGAGCUAAAGCAUCAAAAGGCCCAAAGCAAUCCACUGAUUUAAAUGUUGGUCAUCUUAUUGAUGUACGUGAUUUACUAAAGAAGCACGGAUAUUCCGGUGUUAAUUAUUAUGAUCUUGGUCUUCGUUUGGGUCUUCUCCCAUGUACACUUGAUGUCAUUGAGAAAGAAAACAAGGACAAUGUUUGUAGGGGUCUAAGAGAGUGCUUGAAAGCAUGGCUGGAACAAAAAGACAAUGUAAAGACUAAAGGUGGUCCAACUUAUGAUGCAUUAAUACAAGCAUUGAGGGACGAGGAAGAGAGCACUGUAGCUGAUGGGAUUGAAAGAGAAUUAAGGGAAAAAUAGAAGCCAGCAUUUUGUUUGGAAAACUUGAUUUCUUUCAGUUAAAGUAACAAAGAGUAGCUGUGUUGUCAAAUAUUAUCAUGAUUCUAAUGACAGAAAACUUUCAGAAGUUUUGUAUUGUGUGUAUCAUGUAUUGAAUGUAGUAAUUGAGCUAGUCCUUUAUUGACAUUCCUUUUAAAUGUACAUGUAGCUUUUAAAUUGUUAUAAUUAUUAUUGUUCAUAGUUACAUUAAUGAUUUAU